CCUGCUGUGUACUCAUCCAACCCACCUUCCAGCCUCUCCCCAUAAAAGUUGAUGGCAUCUACCGGAGAUCUGUAGCAUGCUUUCGGCUUGUCACCAGCCUGGUCACCAGGAAUGGAGUACCUCCUGAUAUGUGGGAGAAUCCCACAGGGUUUAGUUGUAAUUUAUGAUAGUCGAACUAUUAAGAGUUCAGCUUCCAUCUAGGGCAAAAGGUCUUUAUUGUUGACAUUUGGAGUUUUAUCAUGUUCCUUUGGGAGGCUGGGAGACAUAUGUUUCUAAAGAGACAGCCCCAGGCUGCUCCCUGUGUGGGAGGAGGAGGAGAAGGUCUGAAUGGCGUAGGACAGUAAAGUGUUACACUACUAAGCUACAUCCCCACCCAGGAAUUUUAAGACCUAGGAAUUAAUGAAUGUUGACAAAUCUCCGAAUUUUUUUUCAAACCGCCAUAAAACCUCCGAACCCUGAGAAGGGUCUGACUCACAGGUCCGAGUUGGCUCUCGCCCCGCCCUGCCCGCACAGGUACCGCCUACCCAGUCUCCGCCCCACGCCGGGGACGACGUUAUGCGCAUGCGCAGCUGCGCACGCAAUUGCGGAGCGCCGAACCCAGGGGACGAAUCGCAAGUCUCAACGAGCCUGCGCCGCACAGUGCUUCCGGGACGCGGCGCCAUGCGGCUGUUUCCGCGCGCCUUUUGCGCUUCUGUGGCCACCUGGCGCCAGUGCUUUCCCCUACAUGGCCGCGACGUGGCGCGGUGGUUCCCGGGCCACAUGGCCAAGGGGCUGAAGAAGAUGCAGAGUAGGCUGAAGUUGGUGGACUGUAUCAUCGAGGUCCAUGACUCCCGGAUCCCACUUUCAGGUCGAAAUCCUCUGUUUCAGGAGACUCUUGGACUGAAGCCUCACUUGCUUGUCCUCAACAAGAUGGACUUGGCAGAUCUCACAGAGCAGCAGAAAAUUAUGCAGCACUUAGAAGGAGAAGGCCUAAAAAAUAUCAUUUUUACCAACUGUGUAAAGGAUGAAAACAUCAAGCAGAUCAUCCCGAAGAUCACUGAACUAAUUGGGAGCAGCUAUCGCUACCACCGAGCGGAGAACAUGGAGUACUGUAUCAUGGUGAUUGGCGUCCCCAAUGUGGGCAAGUCCUCCCUCAUCAACUCUCUAAGGAGACAGCACCUUAAGACAGGAAAAGCUGCCAGAGUGGGUGGUGAACCUGGGAUCACCAGAGCUGUGACAUCCAGAAUUCAGGUAUCUGAGCGGCCACUGAUGUUCCUGUUGGACACCCCUGGGGUGCUGGCUCCUCAGAUUGGAAGUGUGGAGACAGGCUUGAAGCUGGCCCUGUGUGGAACAGUGCUGGAUCACUUGAUUGGGGAGGAGACCAUGGCCGACUACCUUCUCUACAUUCUCAACCGGCACCAGAUGUUUAGGUAUGUGCAGCACUAUGGCCUGAGUGGUGCUAGUGAUGACAUAGAGUGUGUGCUGAAGAGCAUAGCUGUGAGGCUGGGGAAGACGCGGAAGGUGAAGGUGCUCACUGGCACAGGUGAUGUGAAUGUUAUCCAGCCCAACUACUCUGCGGCAGCCCGUGACUUCCUCCAGACCUUUCGCAGUGGGCUGCUGGGCCCUGUGAUGCUGGACCGUGACAUCCUGCAAGGCUGCCUCCCUGCAGACACAGAUCCCUGAACUUGCUGGGUGUAUGUGUGUGGCCCACAGACAUUAUGCAGCCAGAACAUUUGAAGCUUGAGACUGCCUACCCUUUUCCAGAAGUUCUGUGCUGGGUCAUCAUGACUCAGAUGAGGGCAUGCUGUGUUCUCCUGCCCACCACAGCAGCCUCAUUGUGGGGACAGGGCUGUGGGGUCCCAAGCAGUCUUGGUUCUGGUUCUGUGAGAAGGCCUGCUCAGUGUCUUUCAGGGAAAGCCUCGUGCUGUCUCAGAGGAGUUAAAGCUAUAAUCUUAGUUUUGAAAAAUUAAGAUUAAAGAACUGGGCGUGGUGGCACA